AACAGUACUGGUGGCUCCAAACCAGGGGAAGAGAAUAGAUUCUUCCAAUGCUUGGAAUGAAACUCAUUUCUUGAGAUCUAGGAAAAUUCAGAUUGUAUGUGGUCUUGUUGAAGAGGACGAUGUUGAGGAUCGUAGUAGACCGACUAUUCGCCAACUAACAGUUCAAGCCACAGUUCUUCACCACAUGCUCUCCUACAACAUUCUUUUAAAGGGUGGACAUCGGGAGGCAAUCACCUGCUUUCACAUGAGAAGGUGAAGUUGCCAUACUUGAUAUUUAAACACAUGCUUGCUGUUGCAGAGAGUUCAAAUCGGAAUCUUCCCUAUGGGAUGAUCCUGACUAUGCUAUUUGAGCAUUUUAGUGUGAAUUUAAGUAAAGACUAAAGAGGUUGACUUAAGAUUCACAAGGCAGGAGUUCUACCUAGUUACAUCCCUGAAGAAGAUGGGAUUUGAGAUGCAUGAUGGUGCAUAUGUCCGAGCAUACAAUCCUCAUGUAGUCGAUGAUGAUGAUGAUGACGACGACAUAGCCACAGAGUUCAUCUCCACCACUACCCUACAACAUAUAUGGGACCGCAUGGAUGACAUGUACAACUGCAUGGGGAAGAUCUCCACCCAGAUCACUGACUUGUACGACUACAUAGGGCAAAUGACCACCCAGAUGAGCGCACUGCAGGUGACCGUAACAGAGAUGCGUGAGAAGUUCUUAUCUUUCAGUGGAAGAUACAUGCAUCCCACCACAUCUGACUACCAUGAUACUAGCACCAUCAAUGAGGAAAAUGCAGAUAAGUGAGAGAGGGAAGGGGUGUAGGAACUCUAUGAUUUUAGAUUAUGUUUUUUUGUUGUUAAGUCUUGAAGACGAUUUGGUUUGAAACAACUUUUAUUGUGAAUGAUCAGAAUAGUCAAAAUCCCGAUUUAAAUCCUAAAAUUCUACGCUUUUACGAUUUUACUUACCUAUUCCGAUUCUUAUUUCACUAUAAAAUCUAUGGACCUUAAAAUCCUACACUAUUCAUGAUUUAAAUCCUUAAAAUCUUAAGAUUUUACGAUUCAAAUCUUUGAGUCGAUUUACUUAUUUUCCCCAGAAUUUUCAAAAUUAUGCCUCUUUUUCUUCUACUCAACCAACAUCAUCUAGUUUUCUCACACUAACCACCAUCGACUAUAAACAAUUCACAUCAACGUAUUAAUCAUUAUCGAUUCACCAUCUCUUAACAUUAACCUUGAUAAAUUGGAACAUUAACC